CAUUCUUAGGAAAAUCACCGUUAAGUUCAACACAAUCAAGAUUAGGUAACUUAUGAGUUCUUCUACUUCUGAUACUGGUGAAGGGUCUUAUUCUCCUCUUACUCUAUCUGACUUAGAUUUAAGUCCUCUUAAAGAGGUUAGGUUUAGAAGUGAAAGUGACAUAAAACAUGAGUUAAAAUUUAUUGAAGAUCCUGACUACAUCCCACCUUCUACUCCACACAGCGAAAGCUACAAAACAGAAGACAUGUCUUCAAAGGAAACUAUAAGUGUUGGAGGAAGUGAGGAGGUUAGGGCUAGGGAGCAUGAGCAGGAGAAUGUAGAAAUGGAGUCAUCUAGGUUGGAGAUAGCUAAAGAAGAGGUAAGGGAGGAAUAAGGUAUUCUUUCGAACAUUUUAGAAGUUGAGAGUGGCUGAGACAAAAUCUUUACAAUGAUUAAGUUAAAUGUAUGUACAUAUCUUUGAAAUUAACCUCAAAGACCAUAUAUUAAGUUGAGAGCACAUGUGACUACAAUGAAAUGUUCCCUCUCCAUUUAGAUGUACUCUUUUGAAACAAGAUUAUUGCAGAGAAUGAUUCUUUCUUUGUUUCUUUAUUGUGUGUGUAUAUGUAUGCAUGCAUCUGUAUAGUGUGACGCAAACAUUGGUGGAUGGAGGAAUGUGUGCAUUUCUUUUACCUUCAUUAGCUUUGUGCAUGAGUAAAAAGUUAACCAAAUGGUAAACGCAUUAAUAAAAUUGAGAUACUGAA